GCUGUUGGUGCGUCAUCACUGUGCGCCGUUGGUCGGUGUUUUUGCGUUCCUAGCUGCUGUGCUCUGUGUUCGGUGCGGUUUUUCCACAGACGAGCUCUGAAUGCGGAUAAAAUGAGGCGCAGAGCGGAAAGUAGUGCGGCAGGUUUGUAGCGAGUUCCGAGCGGAGUGAGACCGACCGGCAGAGGGGCUGCUGUUCGGCUCAGAGAGUGAGGAACACGUGGACACGGUCACGCUCUCACAGCGUCACUUUGAGUUUUUGGGCUUUUAUCGCCAACUUCACUCAUAACAGACAUGAGCAGACCCGCGAAGAAGAACGGGAUACCUGACAGAUGGCUCAAUUACACCGCCGUCGGGAAAAGGCUCCGCGGGACUCGAUUCAUCGCCUUCAAAGUUCCUCUGAAGCAGGCUCUGACCCACCAGCUGCCGUCCUCGGACGUGUUCGGUCCCUGGGAGCUGCUGGACGCUCUGACCAAAGAGGAGGAGGAGCUCGGUCUGAUCAUCGACCUGACCUUCACCACCCGCUACUACAAAGUGGAGGACAUUCCCAGCUCCCUGCUGUGUGUGAAGAUCUUCACGCAAGGUCACGAGGUUCCCAGCGACAAUACAAUCCUGAGCUUCAAGCGUGCCGUGCGCAGGUUCCUGCGAGAGAACGAGGAUAACGAUAAGCUGAUCGGAGUCCACUGCACCCACGGCCUGAACCGCACCGGCUACCUGAUCUGCAGGUAUCUGAUCGAUGUGGAUGGGAUGGAUCCUAAAGAGGCCGUGGAGCUGUUUAACUCGGCUCGAGGUCACGCCAUGGAGAGACAGAACUACCUGCAGGACCUUCAGCACGGACCGAGGAGGAGUAACGAGGGGAUGGAGGAGGUCGAGCAGGAGCCAAUGAGAGGCCAAGCUGUUCACCGGCCGCUUUUCACCUCAUCGACCGACGACUGCACACAGGAGAGGCGAGCUCCGAAGUCCCGGAGCCACAGACCUUUGCCUCCACGAGGAAUGAACCCCUACCUCCAUCAGCGCUCUCCUCAGGGUGGCUUUCUGCCCCGUCCUCCGUUACUGCCUCCGCCUCCUUUCCAUCCUCCCUCGCUCAGCCCGUAUCGAUGGACGCGUCCUCUGUCGGAGGGUCAGUGGAGGAUACCGCCGCACUUGGAGGAGUGCUGCUUCGGAAACCCUCAGUGGAGGCCCGCCGCCCUCCCGCAGCAACCAUUGAGACCUUAUCCUCCGAUCCUCCCUCACUACUCACCACGCUGGCCUGCUAACUUUCAAGGCCGUGAGGCACCUGAGGAGGAGUGGGCGGGGCCAAAAAUGAGACACAACGUGAGACACUGAGGCAGAGACACAGUGAACAGAUAUGACUGCUAGAUUUUAUGUGCUAGAAGAACAGACUCGUGUUUUAAUCCACGAGGCGUCUUAAAGGGGCGGGUGCAUGUUUGAGUAUCACGAUAAUUAAAUGGAACGGCAUCGCCUAGAAUAAAGCCUGCUGUUUGUUCGCCUCAGCCAAUCACAGCAGACUCGCCUUCUUUCAUUUUACAGCAGUCAUGGAAACCUCAGAGGACCCAUUUAACCGUUUCUCUCUCUCCGCUGCUGCUGCAGUGCCCGACGCUUAAAGGUCCCAGACGCCGUCUACUCACCGUGCCUGACACACAGUGUUCCGCACAGUGUUCCGCACAGUGUUCCGCACAGCGUUCCACACAGUGUUCCACACAGAGUUAAACACAGUGUUCCACACAGAGUUCCACACAGCGUUCCACACAGCGUUCUACACAGUGUUCCACACAGCGUUCCACACAGUGUUCCACACAGAGUUAAACACAGUGUUCCACACAGAGUGUUCCACACAGCGUUCCACACAGCGUUCAACACAGUGUUCCACACAGAGUCCCAUACAGCGUUCCACACAGUGUUCC